GAACACAACGCCGUCAUGGCAGCAACGUCAACAGUAGCAUCAUUAGCAUCAUUAGCCAUGUCGUGACCACAUCCCCCGCCUUCUUUCAUCUACACAUGGACCCUGGAUAACAAAUACCCGAGACCUGUCGCUGUAGAAUGCCUUAUUUUCAAAGAUAUCUAUUGAAAUAUUUAAAAACAGAGGCUCUAUCUUCAUCCAAACUCUCGACGGAGCCUUUCAGAAUGGGCACCUUGAAUCACAGAGGAUGAUCCUCUUCCACAGCACUAUGCCUGCUGUUGCCUUUCAGGACCUAGUUUUGAAUAUUUACAUAGUCAUCUUUGGCACUGGGAUAUUCGUCUUCAUCUUGAGCCUGACAUUUUGCUGCUGCUUUAUAAGUAAAUUGCGACAUCAAGCCCAGUCUGAGAGAUUGGCCUACAAACUGGUCGUAUUGAAGGAUGAGACAAAGCACUUGAAUAUUCAUGGGCAAACAUGCGCCGUGUGUUUAGAGGACUUCAGGAUAAAAGACGAACUUGCGAUGUUGCCAUGCCAACACUGCUUUCACAAAAGGUGUCUGUUAAAGUGGCUGGAAGUGCGCUGUGUGUGUCCCAUGUGCAACAAACCAAUUGGUGCACCGAACAAGCACAUCAGCAGCAUACUGGAUGAACUGGUGUAAAUAACUAGCACGAGCAAACACCAACAUAAAUGCUCCAAUGAGAUGUUCUGCAACUUCCAGACUUGGAAAGGACCAAGAACAGCUGUGAUGCCCAACACGUACACAGGCUGGUAUUCUGGCAAAUGGUAGGAUUUAAACAUGGCAGUUGAGAUCAUGUAAAUAAAGCCAAAAUAGCUUACUUCAAAUCACUGAUGUAGACUCUAAAAAUGUAAAAAAAAAAAAAAAAAAAAAAAAAAAAAACCAUAGAAACAAUUAGUUUUCAAAUUUAUUUUCCUCUCAAAAGGCAUACAGUGCACACACCUUGAUUUCCUUUUCCAUUAAUUACAGCUUUUAGUUGCAACAGCUUCAACACAGUACAAGAUUUCCAAAAUGCAUUAACUGUUUAAAAAUUUCCAAAUUUCAAGCAUGAUGUUUAAUUCUAGUGCGGUCACUGCUGCCAGUUAGUGAAUUUCA